AUGGGCACCUCUGCUCAUUGAAUAAAUUUGUAACACACUUUCCCAGUAUAUUAAUAUUUAUACACCUGUAUGACAAUAAAUUUGAUGUUUCAGAUGAAAGAGAAGUCGAAGAACGCGGCGCGGAGCCGCAGAGAGAAAGAAAACACGGAGUUCCUUGAGUUGGCCAAACUUCUUCCUCUUCCAUCUGCUAUCACCUCUCAGCUGGACAAGGCGUCCAUCAUCAGGCUCACCACAUCAUAUCUCAAAAUGAGGCACCUCUUCCCACACGGUCUUGGCGACGCUUGGGGAGCUGCGCCACAGUCCCAGCCCAGGGAGGCCACCAUCAGGGAGCUGGGGUCACAUCUACUUCAGACUCUUGAUGGCUUUAUCUUCGUAGUCGCUCCAGAUGGUAAAAUCAUGUACAUAUCAGAGACCGCUUCUGUACACCUUGGUCUAUCACAGGUGGAACUGACCGGGAACAGCAUGUUCGAAUACAUCCACCCCAACGACCACGAGGAGAUGUCUUCGGUGCUGUCCCUCCACCAGCCGCUGCACCACCACCCUCUUCUGCAAGAAUUCGAGAUGGAGCGGGCCUUCUUCAUCAGGAUGAAGUGCGUCUUGGCCAAAAGGAACGCGGGUUUAACGACGGCGGGAUACAAGGUGAUCCACUGCUCAGGGUACCUGAAGGUGAAGCAGUUCCCGAUCGAGGGUGCCGGGUUCGAGACCUGCUACCAGAACGUGGGGCUGGUGGCCGUGGGGCACUCUCUGCCCCCUUCCGCCAUCACCGAGAUCAAGCUCCACUCCAACAUGUUCAUGUUCAGGGCUUCCCUCGACCUCAAGCUCAUCUUCCUCGACGCCAGGGUUUCUCAACUGACUGGCUACGAACCACAGGACCUAAUAGAAAAGACAUUGUACCAAUACAUACACAGCAGCGACAUGAUGCACAUGCGUUACUCUCAUCACACGUUGUUAGCCAAAGGGCAGGUGACGACCAAGUACUACAGGUUCCUUGCUAAGGAGGGCGGCUGGGUAUGGAUGCAAAGCUACGCGACCAUCGUCCACAACUCCAGGUCAAGCAGGCCUCACUGUAUUGUCAGCGUCAACUACGUCCUAAGCGACCACGAGGCUAAAGACUUACUGCUGUGCUACAGCGGCACAGAGGAGAGGAUAGAACCGAGGCCGGCACCGCAGCCCAAGUACGUGCCCGAAGAGUACGCAGAACACCACCACCUAUAUUUAAGCCAACAAGUUGCGGUUUACCAACAAGACUACAGCGGGGAGUGCAGCGGAGCAGACUACUCCGGCUACACUGAGCUCUACUACCCGACGGACGGACCCAUCAUCCAAGACCAGAGGCCCUACUCCUCCAGCAGCUCUUGUUCCAGCCACGAAGAGCACCACUACAUCCCCCCGCCCUACGCAAGUGUCAUCGUAGAUUCCGCUGGUCUCGUCAACCAGUUCGUCCACUAA